AUGCCGCAGCUCGAGCACGCAGACGUCGGGCCCGAGGACGACAGGCCUACGCCCUCACCCUCCUCGAAAUCCUCCUUGACCGACAUCGGCCCCUCUGAAGACAUCCCUAUCUCACCCGUAUUGGACAAAGCUGAGCCCAUCCACCCGGUCAACAGUCGACAACCCUCACUUGGCAGUCCCGUCCUCUCCAAAGUCCGCUCAAGACGCCCCAUUGCACCCUUCUCACACCCUCGCUCCCACGCUAAAACCGGUCCCGACGUCAUUGUUGACUUCGAUGGCGACCAUGACCCCUACAGACCGCUCAACUGGGGGAACCGAAAGAAGGUUCUCACCACCCUUCUGUAUGGCUUGACAACCAUGGGCUCCAGUUUUGCCAGCAGUGUCUACAGUCCCGGUAUGACACAGGUUGCGAACGAGUUUCACGUCGAGAAGAUGGUCGCCGCUCUUGGUACUACGCUGUUUCUAUACGGGUUCGGCAUCGGUCCGAUGCUAUGGGCUCCCUUGAGUGAGGUAUAUGGCCGCAAACCCGCUGUUUUGAUCCCCUACUUCAUCUCUAUCAUAUUCGCCUUCGGAGCCGGGGCCGCCAACGACAUACAAACACUCCUGAUCGCUCGUUUCUUCGCCGGCUUUUUUGCCAGCGCCCCGGUAACGAACACUGGAGGUGUCCUCGGAGACAUCUGGACCCCUAAGCAACGAGGUGUUGCAGUUGUGGGCUACGCCAUGGCUGUUGUUGGUGGCCCGACACUGGGACCCAUCGUCGGUGGUGCAGUGGUGCAAGCGAGUCAUAAUGGUUGGAGGUGGACACAAUAUCUCACCGGCGUUUUUCAAAUGUUCGUCCUUGUCCUUGAUAUCAUCUUCCUUGACGAGUCCUGUCCACCGAAACUGCUUGUCUACAAGGCGCGUCGCCUUAGACACGAGACGGGGAACUGGGCCCUGCAUUCCAAGCACGAAGAGUGGGAUGUCAGUCUCAAAGAGCUUGCCCGCAAAUAUCUCGUCAGGCCGUUUCAAUUACUGUGCACCCCCAUAUGCUUCCUGAUCGCCCUCUAUGCCUCUUUUGUCUACGCAAUCGUCUACGCACAACUUGCCGCGUUUCCUAUCGUUUUUCAAAUAGCCCGCGGCUGGAACCCAGUCGUUGGCGCGCUCCCAUUCCUCGCUUGUCUCGUUGGCAUCCUCUUCGGCGCCUGCAUCAACUUGCUGAACCAAAAAUACUACUUCCGCAAGCUGCAACAGAACAAGGGCAAGCCCGUACCGGAAGCGAGACUGCCCCCGAUGAUGUUCGGCUCCGUCUUCUUCGCCGCCGGCCUCUUCGUUUUCGCGUGGACGGGCGAGGUCAAGACGGUGCACUGGAUCGUGCCCGUCAUCGGCGCGACACUGGUCGGUAUCGGCUUCUUCACCAUUUUCCAGGCCGCCCUCAACUAUCUCAUCGACACCUUCCGCCAGUACGCCGCCUCCGCCGUAGCCGCAAACACGUUUCUGCGUAGCGCUCUCGCCGGUACCCUCCCGCUCAUCGUCCACCCCAUGCUGCGCAGUCUCGGCAUCGGCUGGGGCGUCAGCAUCUUCGGUUUCUUCGCCGUUGCAUUGAUACCAAUUCCGUAUCUGUUCUUCACUUUUGGCAAGAGGAUUAGGGCCAAGGGCAAAUUUUCGAAGGCUUCGACAUUGUGA